GUCAGUCCGGUCUUUCACCUCUGCCCUGUGCCUGGGCGGCCCUCCUGUUGCUGUGUGAGCCCUGGCUGUGUUGGGACCUGUUUUGUUUUCUUUCCCCCCCCGCCUCUCAAUUCUGAUGUUCUGCCGACACCAAACGCAGAGCUGAGCCAGCAGAGUGUGCGUGAGAAUAGCACUUUCCCUCCCUCCGCAUUGUUCCUGAUGUGAUAAACAUAGUGGCCUCCAGGUAUUUCCUUCUGGUAUCCCUGGCGACGAGCGAGAGAUCCAGGUGAGCCACUCGUCUCGGGCCGCUGCCGCUGCCGCUGCCGGCUGGGUGACAGCUUCCUCUGUCUCGCUGCCGCCGGACUCCCCCCUCGCCUCAGUCCCUGUCCUGGAUGAGACCAGCAGCACCCUCCUGCCCUGCUAAAUGGGAGUCUUCGAAAAAGGGGCCAGUUCUAUGAAGAGAACAGACGGCACCGACCAGGAGGGGAAGACAUCCGAGGCUCCUCAGACACAGGCUUCCUGGACACUGAGCAAUGGGACCGUGGAGAACAGUGUAGGGGCCCAGGAUGGGAAUGAAGCCUUGCCGCAGGCUCAGCCUCCAGCACCCGGUCCCGAGGCCCCCGACAGCCGGGGCAGCUGGGGGGGCAAACACGAGUUUCUGCUGAGCUGCGUCGGGUAUUGCGUAGGGCUGGGCAACGUUUGGCGUUUUCCCUACCUCUGCUACCGCAAUGGAGGAGGCGUGUUUCUCAUCCCGUACCUCAUCAUGAUGCUGGUGACGGGCCUGCCGCUUUUCCUCAUGGAGCUCAGCCUGGGACAAUACGGCGGGGCCGGUCCCAUCACUGUGUGGAAGUGCUGCCCCCUGCUGAAAGGGAUUGGAAUCGGGAUGCUGGUGGUGGCCUCCUUGGUCUCACUUUACUACAAUGUCAUUAUUGCUUGGACCUUCUACUACCUGGGCAGUUCCUUCCAGAACCCCCUGCCCUGGUCGUGUGAGGCCCCGGCCAACAUUCAGUUGUGCCAGAACCUAACGUCUAACCAGAGUGAUCUGAGUGCCAGUGAAGUCUUCUGGAAUGAGCAGGUCCUGGGACUGACCGGAAGCACGGGUCUCGGAGACCCCGGCCCGGUUCGAUGGCAGCUGGCCAUCUGCCUCCUAGCAGCCUGGGUCUUCAUCUUCCUCUGCUGCCUGAAAGGGAUCCGCAGCUCUGGCAAGAUUGUGUACAUCACCGCUACGUUCCCCUACCUGGUGUUGAUUGUACUGAUCAUCCGCGGAGCCACACUGCAGGGUUCCCUCCGCGGAGUCCAGUUCUACCUCAGUACCAACUGGCAGCGCCUGGGCAGUGCGCAGGUGUGGAACGACGCUGCUUCCCAGAUCUUCUACUCGCUGGGCAUCGGAUUUGGGGGCCUGCUGUCGAUGGCUUCUUACAACAAGUUUGACAACAAUGUGGUCAGGGACACACUGGUCAUCGUUACCGGCAACUGUAUCACGAGCUUUUUCGCUGGAUUUGCCAUUUUCUCCAUCCUGGGACACAUGGCGUGGAAGAAGGGCGUGGAGGUGAGCGACGUGGCAGACACAGGUCCCGGCCUGGCAUUUGUGGCGUACCCAGAGGCCCUCGCUCUCUUGCCUGGCUCCUUCAUUUGGUCGAUCCUAUUCUUCCUAAUGCUCUUCACUCUCGGCAUCGAUACUCUGUUUGGGAACUUGGAAGGAAUUACCACUGCCUUUCUAGAUGAGUUUCCGGUGCUCCGGGAAAGGAAAUGGAAGACUAUAUUCCUGGCCGUUCUCUGUUUCUCCUUCUACCUCCUGGGGCUGCUGCUCAUCACUGAGGGAGGCAUCUACUGGUUCACAUUAAUAGACGCCUACAGCACCAGCUUCGGUCUCAUCAUUAUAACCCUCUUCAUGUGCCUGGGCAUCGCCUUCUUCUACGGGGUCAACCAGUUCUGUGAGGACAUUAUCGAUAUGCUUCGUCUCUGCCCCCCCUGGUACAGCAGACUUCUGAUCUACUUCAAAGCCUGCUGGGCUCUCUUCACUCCCCUCCUGCUAUUGUUUAUUUUGAUGUACAUCUUCAUUGAGAUGUACAACACAAGCCUGCACUACGGAACCUACGACUACCCGGUGUGGGGGAAGGCACUCGGCGUGUGCCUGGGGGUUAUCUGCUGCGCACAGAUCCCUCUCUGGGCUGUAGCUGCAGUGGUGAAGGAGUCGGGAACACUACGAGAUCGCUUUCAGAAAGCUAUCCGGCCCCUGAACUCCUGGAAAGUGACCGGCGGAGACCGGACCUUCACCCUGGAAACCAUCGACGUUCCCUUCUCUGUGACGCUGACCGACCAUGACUUUACGGAAGUGUGAGGUGCCACUCUCACUGGCGGCAGAGGGAACCUCGCUGGGUGAGGGUGUGGACUCCCUCAAGCCCUAGGCCCAGCAGGGACAGAACUAGUAGCUGCUCACGCGGUGACGGAGCAGCUGUGCGGUCCUGGAGUGACCUCUCCAGUCCGACUGGUCACCGCACGCUCCUACCUACACCUGAAAAUGACAACCGUGCUCCAGCAAGUCCAACUUCUGUCCUGCGCUCGCUGACACUAGACCAGCAGGUCACUGCUUUGGAAAAGAUUUGGCAUUGGAUGGGAUUAUUAUUGUCACAUGAACCGAGAUACAGAGAAAACUCGCCUCUCGUGCUGUUAAUUUAUUGUUUUUAUGAGAUACAGUUUGGAACAGGGCCCUUCUGGCCCAAAGAGCCACAGCACCCAGCAGCCGGCGUAUUUAACCCUGGUCCAAUCACAGGACAACUUACAAGGGUCAGUAUACCGUUGGACUGGGGGGCAGUCAUCAAACAGUACAAGGGAAAGCCAUAACGGAUUGUACUACAAGGUGCAGUGCAGGGAGGGCAAUAAAACCAUCAGACACAGGCCACUCGGUCCAUCGAGCUGCUCUGCCAUUCCGUCACGGCUGAUUUAAGACUUCAAGACUUAGGAGCAGAUUUAUUUUCCUUCUCGACCCCCUCUCCGCUUAAUCUUUGACAUUGCAGACUAACCAAGAACCUAUCAACCUUCACUUUAAAUCUACCUAAUAAAUGGCUUCCACAGCUGUCUGUGGCAAUGAAUUCACCACCCUCGGUUGUCACCCUCCCUCAGAACGGCCCCUCCCACAGUGUGGCACUCUCUCAAUACUGCCCCCCAAUACAGUCAACCCCCCCAAAAUCUGACACUCUCUCAGUACUGUCACCCCCAACAGUGUGACCUCCCCCCCAGUACUGUCACCUCCCACAGUGUGACCCCUCCCUCAGUACUGUCACCCCCCACAGUGUGACCCCCUCCCUCAGUACUGUCACCCCCUCACGGUGUGACCCUCUCUCCAUAGUGCCCCUCCCGCCGUUCUCCCUGUGUCUGUCAGUCGAUACCCCUGCCCCUGCCCGUGCCCCCACCCUCUCCCCAGACUCUGGUGUUGCCAGCUGAUCCCAUCCAGCCGCUGGGCAAAGGGCACCGAGCCUGGUGAAGCUGGUGAUGGGUUAUCGAGGUGCUGUGCUCCCUGCGAUCGGCCCGCUACCCGGUGCACUGAGGCAGUCCGAGGGUUAACAACAGGGUGCAGAAUGAAGUGUCGCAGUUACGGAGAGAGAGUGCAGUGCAGGUCGAUUGCAGACUGGGGGACCGGGCGUCUCCUGCUCCGGUAGCUGGAAAUGUG